AUGCAUCAUUUGUGUGACGUUGAUGCUCUCUUUUUUGUAGAUCCCUUUCAUUAUUAUUAUUAUUUGUUCCUUUUCUUCCUUUUUAUCUUUUUUUUUUUUUUUUUCUCUUCUUUCAUUUUCUUUCAUUUUCUUUCAACGACAUCAGCGUGCAUUGUUUUGGCAUUCAUGGGGGAGGUGGUUCCGACGGCCUCCAGGGACUGGUCACUGAACAAGGAGAAGGAAUCGGGAAGAUUGUUCUGGUGGAACUGCAAGUACAGCAUUAGCAUUUGGGACAGUAACCUCAAUUUGGGCCAACCACGGCAUGAGUUGACUGAUCUCCUUGUGUGGCAGGCUUUUUUGCAUUUUCAGAUUGCCUCCGUGUACAAGUUGUGUUUUGUUUGUCACCAACCGGAGGGAAAUGAGGAUAUGAAGGUUUGCUGUUUUUGUGGGUUAACGGUGCAUUGCGAUUGCUCCAGAGAGGCCACCGCUGAGCAGGUGGCAUGGAAACCAGCCAACUUUGGCUUUGAGGCAUACUUACGGGCCUGUUUUAACUGUGAGGACGUUCACGUUCCUGUCAAGAUUCGAGCCAAUAGGGAGGCAAGCAAUGCACACCGUGUGGCUUCUCGAGCCUUGUCUAUUAAAGAAGAAUAUCCCGAGCACAUUCUCCGGGAUAUUUUGUGCCUCGCGGAGAAGGCAGAGCAGCCCCAUUCCAGUAGCGAGGAUGCGUCACUUGUGGCAUCCCUGAGGCGGGUUCUCACUUCAUUCUAUCAGUCAGAGGAAUCUUGUCUUUUUCUAAAGCGAGAGAAGCGCCCAGAGAAGGGAGGGGGCAUUGGCGUUGUGGCCGCGAAGGAUAUUCCAGCUUUUACUGUUGUAGGUGUCUACCCUGGCUACCUUGAUGUCUUGAGCGGAGAGCAUUUAAAGCUUGGUCGACCUGUUACCAAGUAUGCCCUGAAGGAUCUUAACUGCGCAGAUUAUGACAACGUUGUUUUUGAGGAGUUUCAAGGAACAUUCACGCCGUUUAUCAACGAGCCAUGUGAGUUUGAGGAGAGUAACUGCGGGUGGAUACAGGAGGACAAGCAUCGUGAGGGACGUCUUAGCAUCAUGACCGCGCGCAAAAUUGAGGAGGGAGAGGAACUGCUCAUUGGCUACGGACCGUCAUAUCCAAGAUCAUACCCCUACCGGUACGACGUAUUGACAUUUCAUAAGACAGAGACCGAGUUUGACACACCCUGCUUUGCUCUCUGGCGCUGGACGUCGACUGACGAGAGUGACGCCAGUCUCGUUUCUUAUGUGGGCUACGAAAAGAGCAAGGAUUUUUACUUUUUUUGGGGAGAGCAAGAAGAAUAA